UGGUAUAAUUAUCUGGAAAAACCGCAUUUCUCAUUUGGAGAGGCGUAAUAGUCCAGACUCCAGACCUACCCACAGAGUAAAACACCAAAGAUAGCCAACGCCCAUUUCCCCACGAAUCUCCAUGCUCUCCAUCUCAAAGCGACUCCACGCUCUAACCCAAUGCCUCCGUUCCACCACCCACCAACUCCGCUUCGCUAGAACCGACGCUGCUUCCUCCAAGCGGCGGUCCAAGGCCUCAGGAUUCGCCUUCAAGAAAGCGGAAGAGAAAUCCGAGUGGUGGAUUGUCGACGGCGAGAUGCACGAGAUCGGCGAUCACGUGCCCCCACGUGAGCGCUUCGUUAUCCCCAGGGACAACAUCCCAAACAAGCGUCGAAAGCAGCUCAGGGAUCAGUUCAUGCGCCGCACUCGCCUCGUUAUCAAGGAAUCGGAGCAUGAGCCAUGGUGCAAAAGGUACAUGGAAUUGUAUAAUGAGCUUAGAGAGAACUGGGAGAGGUUGUAUUGGGAUGAGGGUUACUCAAAAAAAAUUGCCAAAGAUCAUGCUAAGUAUGAGUCUGCCGAGGAUGAUGAUCAAGAUUUUAAUCCUUACAGGCAACCGCAUGCUGAUCUCAUGAAGGACCAAGGUUUUGGGAGGAAUAGGCAAGGUGGUACCUCGGAGAAAGUAGAUCAACUUCGGGAUAAGUUUGAAUAUGAUAGAGAGAAAAGAAUGAGAGAGAAAGCAUUUGCACCAAUGAAUGGACAAAAUGCCUUGAACAGCUACGUUACAAACUCCAGGAGCCAGCCGUUCGACACUCAGAGAUACUUUUCUGAUAGUGACUAACAUUAUAUGAUGAAUGAAAGGGAAAAAUAGGAAGAAGGAAGCAGGAAGCAUGAACUAACAUGAGAACAUUUUUAGCAAUUUUUAAAGAAUCUCUUUUAUUUCUUGCUUGCCCUGGUCACUGUUAUAAACAAAGUUAUACUGCUUAAAAUCCUGGCUACGGAUGAGCAGUCCUUGCCUGUCAAAUGAGGAUGCAAAGGGUUUCCUGCAAAUGUAUCGAGGAAUGUAAGCAAUAUGGAUAUUAGUUCAUGAUUUUGUAGGAGAUCUUCACCUUGGAAAAAAUUUAUAUGUGAUGUAGUUCUUUCAUUCAAUGGUUUGUUUAAUAAAAUUCUGGUAAAUUGUGGAAAUGCUUGCUGGAAUGGCUUGAAAUCUCACUGUUAUGCUGCUAAGAUUAGUGCCAAAUUGAGACAUGGAGUUGGUUUUCUAUUGCAAUAAGACAAUUUGUGUUCAUGACCUACCAUUUUAUGAAAGCUUACUUGGGCAGGGCGGUAUGUGUAGAUCUAACUUCCCCUUGUAAUUAUAAUCCUAUUUUAACUAUUAUUGUUGAUUGAACAAGCAAAGGUUCAUGUAUGAAGGAAGAGAGAAAAAGGAAAAAAGAGAAAUUAUUUGAAGGGA